CUCAACACUGCUAAAAGUCAGAACUUUGCAGCGAGUUGGCAGUCCUCAGCGAUUGUUUUUGUUUUGCUGGCACAGCCAGAGAAAUUCUUUAAUUUAGUAAAAUUAGUUUGGCUUGGCCAAGACUGUCAAGAAAUGGAAGCUGAUGGAACAGCGCCAAGUGUGGUCAAAUCUCCGGAUUGUCGCACCAGUGGUGAUGGCAUGGAGCAACCAGAAAACAGUGGUGCGGCCAAAACCGAAAGUGAAAUCCAAUUGAGUGCUGAUGUGGACACAAAAGUCAAGAGGCCCCACUUAUCCCGAAAAGAUAGCACAAUCGUGCAGGAGGCUGUCAUGGGUAGGAGGACUUCCACGAGCAGUGGACACGCCUCCAAUUUGCCCCUUCCCGGACUACACACACUUUACAGACGCCCGGAGAUUGUUACCCGUAGUUUGGCACCCGUCAUUCCUAAGGGAGAACUAGUCCAAAUGCGACCCAGACUGGUGUCGAACCAGGAAACCCUGCCGGAACACAAGAAGACAAAGGCCCCCAAGUUUGUGCCUUUUGAACCAUAUCCAGGUGCCGUCAAUCCCAUGAUCUCUGAGCCAACGAACAAACACAAAAUCCACAGGGACAAGAAUAAUUUGGACAUUGCAGUGCUGGCGGACCAGGUGUCAACGCUUCGUACUCAAGAGCUUGAUCCGGAACCUAAGGAUAUCAAGGAAAACAGCCAAGCUAGUAGCCAGGAGGUGGCUUCACUUCAGAAUGAGCUGGCCAAGAUGCGAGAGGAGAGAAACUACUUUCAAGCGCAGUACAAAUUCCAGACGCAGGUGAACAGCGAAUUGAAGAGCUUGCUAGUGGCCUCGGUAGGCGAGGAUCUGCAGACACGGGUCAAUCUCCUUACCGAGGAUAAGUUACAGCUGGCCAGAGCUCUUCUGGAUACCGCGAACAAUCUCACCACCCACACCGAGCAGAUUGAGUUUCUAGCCGGGCAAUGUGAGGUGUGGCGAUCCAAGUUUCUCGCCAGCAGUGUUAUGGUUGAGGAACUAGCCCGUUGGAAAGCCGAUCUCACCCAGAAGAAUCAAUUACUGAACGAAUCCACAAAGCAGCUGCUGCACGCCACUCACCAGAUUCGCGAAAUCCAACUGGACAUGCUCAAGCAACUCAAGUUCCUAGCCAAGAUUCGCUUCCUGAACCUACCCGCCACCGAUGUGAUCAGCCUAAGUGCCGAAAAUCUGAAUAUCUUACAGCGGAUGGUCUUGCAUUCGGGAGUGGGCAUACCCGAAGAGUCUCUCAAGUUGUCCAGCGCCAGUACAAGUCCACUUUGCGAAGCGGAAAAGUAUGCAGUCAGGGCACUGGAAUUCAUCAGUCAGCCCUUAAUGGCCACCGAUGAAGCCAUACGAGCGCUCUUCGACCAAGCCCAGCGGCCCCACUACGUGCAAUCACCUGCCGCGGAGGUGGCUUCUUCGGAUAGUCCACAACCAGAUAAACAGCAAUAAUUCGUUAAUCGUAAGAAAUCAGUGUGACAUGUGUUUAGGUCUAAUAAAUUUUAUAUACAAUCAACAAAUAUAAA